GUAGCUGGUGGUGGCUCCAGUGGCUCUUGGAGCUUGGAGAUUUUCCGGUGCCCCUGUUGUUGGGAUUCACCGCUCUUUCCCAGCUGGCUCGGCUCGAACUAGCGUGCUCGUGUGUGGACGUUUGUAAUCGUUCAGUUGUCUGUCAUGGGACGAACGAGUCAUCACUGAGAUGGAUGCAAAUGACUUGCUUCCGAACCUUUCACGAGCAUCGCUACAACUGACGUGAUCCCGCGCACUCGGGCCAACAGCAGAGAGGAUGGACACGCCAUUGGCAGGAGGUGGUGGCGCACCCAAGGAGCCCGCACAGCCACGUGUGCUGAGCGCGACGUGUCCCGACGAGGCGUGCUGUGCGCGCCUCUUCUUUCCGUCCUACGACCAGAGUGUCGAGUGCCCCCAGUGCGGCCAGCGCCACGACCGGACAGCUCUGCGUGAUGUGCAGGAGGUGUCCAACCCGGGAAUUGCCUUUCAUUCGCUCAUCCGAAACAUCCUCAUUAGCAACCUUGUGCCCAAGCACGGCGAGGACACCAUCAAGGUGCGUGGCCUGUCCAACUACCACUGCAAGCUCGUCUCGCCGCUGCUCACCACCUACGGCAUGGACAAGCAAUCGGGCAAGGCUCGACUGCUUUCGGAGAUGGGCGCGGGCGCCUACUUCGAUUGCAGCGUGCUGGCAGUGCGCGCUUUCCGCAUCGACCCCGAGCUGGUGGACGUGGCGGGCUACGGCAAGGACGUGUCAGGGAGUCUGUCAUACCUGCGCGGCACCCUGGCACUGGUGCGGGCCCACAACGACGGAGAGGACAGGCUGCUGCCCGUACACGUGGACGGUGACGGCCACUGCCUGGUGCAUGCGGUGUCGCGGGCGCUGGUCGGUCGGGAGCUCUUCUGGCACCCGCUGCGGUGCCAUCUCAAGCGGCACCUGGAGGAACAUCUUUCCAAGUACAAGGAACUGCUCAAGGACUUUGUGGACGAAAAGGAGUGGCCCGCGAUCAUCGCCGAGUGCGACCCGGACUUCCUGCCGCCCGAGGGAGAGCUGCUGGGGCUGCGCAACAUCCACGUCUUCAGCCUGGCCAACGUGCUGCGGCGGCCCAUCAUCCUGCUUGACUCGCUGGCAGGCAUGCAGAGCCCCGGUGACUACGCAGCCCUGUUUCUGCCCAGCCUGGUGGCGCCCGAACAGUGCCGCGGGGGUCCCCGAAACCGCCGGAACCCACCUCUCUGCCUCUCCUGGAGCUCGUCGGGCCGCAACCACUACAUUCCGCUGGUCGGCGUGCGCAUGGGUGACAAGCUUCCACAGAUCCCGCGGUCGCUGCUGCCCAAGGCAUGGGGGGUGCCGCACAGUCUGGUCGACUCGUACAUCGACUUCGAUGCCAAAGGCUGCUGCGUUGUCGGUGGCGACUACCAGCUGUCCGAGGGCUACCUGAUGCGACUGACCGCGGCCAUGGACGAAGUUUUUCAGCACAAGCACGGCGUGCACCCAACUCUUGUUGCUGACGUUCACCACUACGUCUACAAACGGACGGGUGUGGUGGGCAUCCACCCGUUGCUGGUGGUGCGGGCAACGCAGAAGGCCCUGGCCGAGCGGCGCCUCUACCGCUGCCUGACGUGCAACGCUGUCUGUGAGCACCAUGUGUCGCCCGAGUGGUUCCGGCCGGGGGGCCUCCUCUACACCACCCUGCAGGAGAGCGUCAAGAACCCGAUGCCCGAGAAGCUCUACACCUUUCGGCAGUACGGUGUCACUUGCUGGUACAACCGUGAGAAGGAUGAACUGGUGCCAGUGAUUGCAAAGAACACGCUGGAACACUGUACCUGGUGCAAAAGUACUCAUGUCCGGCACCUCCGUGGGGACGGAACCUUAGAGCUCCGGAACGGGGAUCGCACCCGCACGCCAUCCAACUCCAAGUACUGCAGUUGCGGCUUCAAGCACUUCUGGGAUGGCAAGGAGUAUGACACCUUGCCCUUGCAGAUCACAGUGUCCCUUGAGUGGAAUGACAAGGUGGUCAAGGACACAGUGUUCUGGUUCCAGCAUGAGAGCGACGCCUCGCUCAACAGCAACGUAUACACGGUCGCCUCCGAGGUGGUCAACAAGCACUUUCCCGGCGUGUUUGGCUCGGAGCGCCUGUUGCAGCAAGUGGUGGACCAGAUUCUGGAGCAGACUCGGCUGCCCGAGGAUUCGAUGGAGGAGGACCGGACGGAGGGCAGCGAUGGAGAGGCCGGUGGAGUGGGACGCUGCCGGUCGCCCCACGGACCUCUCACCACUGCAUCAAGCUCCUCUGCCACCGCUUCCAAGUUCAUCAUCAAGGGUUACAAGACGCUUCACAAAGAGGAGCUAGGCGUGAGUGAGACAGAGCGCCGGCUUCUCGAGCGGAUACAGGGUCACGCCACCACGUCCAGGAGGAAACACGGGUCACCCGAGCGGGACCGCCAGUCCACUGUGUCCGGCACGCCGGCCACGUCACCCAUUUCUGUCGUCUCCAACACGUCACUCACCACGGCACAGCCUACGCUCGUUGAACGACCAAACUUCGUGCGGGUGGUCACCUCUGACGGGCGACAGGGUCAGCUGAGGCCCAGUGCCUUGGGCAUCACACUCACCGAGCUACGGGCGUGGGUGACCGCAGAGUUCGGGAUCCCUGUCGAGCGACAGCUCCUCAAGAGUGGCAUCCCACCGCGAGUGCUCGCAGAGCCCCCCGACGGGGGCGCCCUGUCACUCUCUCACGGCGACCGCGUCAUCGUCGAGGUUGUUGGGACCGACCCCUCUGCGAGCGGCGUUGCACAGGGGGGCCUGCUCAAUGCAGCCAGUAUGAGUGAUGCCACCCUGGAAGGUGACUUGGUGAGGCACUUGCAAGAGGCCCAGAAGAUCCUGUCGCUAGAGUCCGGCCUGCGGGCAAUGCUUGGCCACCUGAAGCGGACGGGCGCGACUGUGUGGUCGUACGCACAGGAGAACGAGUGGCUGUUCUGUCGCGGAGGCCUCUUCUAUGCUCAGAUGCAGCGAGACGUGGGCCUCGUCGACGGCAAGCACUGUCACCUGCCGCUCAUCCCUGACAAGGUGUUCACGUACAAUGCCAAGCAUGACCGCCUCGAGCUAUGCUUCGAGCCGUACGGCCACUUUGCCAUCGGCCCCGAUGUAGAGGCCAAGAUUGCUAGCGGCCAAGUUGGUAGCACGGGCCAACACCAUCAGAGCCCAACCACGUCGCCCACUUCGGCAACGGCAGCCUCCUCCUCGUCUGCGGCAGCCGCCGAAGGAGCGUCUACCUCACCGGCCAGCUCAAACACCGCCGGCAGCUCCACAGAUGAAAAGAAGUCUGCCGGUGUCGUAGCCAAGCCGAGCCGGACCGUGGUGCGCAAGGGUCCCGGCUUCACAGUGCUAGCUCCCGCCUCGCCGGAAAAACCAAAGAAGCCAGCAGAGUCCGGGCACAGCGAGCAGGAGCGGGCUCUGGAGCAGCUCCAGACGGUCGUAUCUAUGCUCCAGGACCAAGAAAGCAGGGCCGUCACCGAAGUGGAUCCUGAACCCAGCUGGAGGAGAAGGGGCAACAACGAAGAUCCCGACGGCAUGGACACGGACUGACUGGCCUUGCCGUACCUCUCCGUUCUGUCAAAGGAGCUUGGCGAAAAAGAGAAAAGAAAGGAAAAACCGUUGCAUUGUGAUAGACUGUGGUUUUGUACACAAGGUUCUGCGUGUGCAUGUAUGGCGUUUGAUAAUGAAGAAGUCCUCAUCAUAACAACUAAGUGUAAAGAGGGAGGGAGCUUUUCUAGACCUACGCUUGGGAAGUGCUAACGGGCUAUGGUGCCAAACGCACCUUGUUUUGGUAUAGAGAAGUGUUGGAAGUGCAAGGAGAUGCCUGAACAGCCGAGUAGACGUUAUUUAUGAACAUCUAGUCCAUACCACUGACCGUAUAUUUUGUCGGCGAGAUUAACGGGGUGCAAGUCGUCUGGGAAGGGCCAAGGGGGUGUGGCAAGCAUGUCCCGUUCCCCCAGCUGUGCAUAUAUGUAUCUAUAAUCUGUAAUUGCACUUCGAAAAGGGCUCUAGCUUUUUUUUCUUUUUCAAGUGUACAGUUACGAGCGUGCGUUUAACCUUUGUGGAUUGUAUUUGAAGCUGAAUAAAUUGAUUGAUUUCGAUCUGUCU